AUGCUGCGAAUGUUUGACGACACAAAUGACGUUUUUUACAAUCACAUCGAUACAUUUUUUAAAGAAUUUUUUGGAAACCAAUUUUAUUUAAAGGCCAAGGAUCAAAAUGAAAAGGUGCACAUAAAGAAUUUUCUCCUACUGAUGGAUUUUUUCUUUAAAAUUAUUUGCAGGACGGAAAAAAAACACAUAAUCGAUGUAAUUAGAAAUAAAAUUUUCUCCGUCAUUUUGACGUUAAACGUAGGGAAGAGUAUGCUGGAGAAAAAAAUCCACAGGUACCUUAGGAAGUGCAAAAAUCCUUAUGCUGCUAAAGCCCUUAGGGGGUUUUACCAUUCCUUUGUUGCAGGCAGCGUUGAAGGGGGGGGGGACAAACAGAAGGGAAACAAAAAUGGAAACAAGCAGGAAAACGCGCAGGAAAACGCGCAGGAAAACACGCAGGACAACAGGAAGGACAAAACGGGUGGAUCGCAAAAGACGCCCAUUUUUGUGGAAAACUUUGAGGCCACGGGGGAGCACAAUGGCUCCGCCUCCGCUUUGGUGGACUCCUCUUUUGACUCCGCUUCUGCCCCGUCCAGGGAGGAAGAACAGAUCUCUCGAAAUGAAGGAGGUUCCGAUUUGACUACUCCUGGAGAUGGCGCAACUGGUGGAGAGAAACAGUUGGAUAAUGUGCUUAACUCCAAAAAGAGGUCCAAGAGGGACCGUGCGUCGAACGAGUUCAACCGCCUGAGGGAGAUCAUCGAGGAGGGCGACGACGGAGAGGAGGGGGAGGACCUGGGAAGUGAUAUGGGAAGCGAUAUGGGAAGCGAUAUGGGAAGCGAUAUGGAAAGUGAUAUGGGAAGCGACGUGAAUGGUGACUCGGAGAGGGGGAAGAAGAAGGCCCCGAAACGAAAGGGAGAGGAGAAUGGUAACCCCGGCGAUAAAAAAAAGAAGAAAAAGAAAAAAAAAUCCAAUAUGCAGGGAGCGAUAAGCUUGGAGGAUAAUUUGGUGGGCCAAGUGAAGCCGUCGUCCAAGAAGCACCAAAAAGAAAUGGGAAAAAAAAAAAAAAAAAACAGAACAAAGGAGAGGACGAUGGUCAAAACAAAGGUCAAUACAACAACGGAGCAAGAGGCAACGCGCACGAUGGAAAACACGGAAGCAGGUCGAAGCAAACGAGGCUUUUCGGGGAGCAUUAUUAUCGAAAAUAAGGGGAAGUCGGAUUUGCCCAUUUAUUCCAUUGACAAGUCGGACCUGCGGGGUGGGUGCAUACAGAAGAGGAAGCUAAAAGUGAAUAAGCUGUUGAAGAAGAAAAAUAGCGUUUGCUCCGCUGGUAGCGGCAGCGGUAGCGGCAGUCGAAUUUGUCAAGCACACGAGUGCUACACCCUGCUGGCUGAUGACGACGAGGGGGAGGACCUAUGUCUACGACUUGGAGAUGCGGACAGGGGCGAUGCCGCUGCCGACGUGGAUAAAAAGAACGUGUACAUAGGAAUGGUAAAAAAGAAAAUAGUAAAGACCAAGGUGGAGAAGGCGAAAAAGGGGAAAAAAGUGAAAAAAUUGGCCAAACAGGGAAAAGUGAUCAAGCUGGCUAAACAAGGCAAAAUGGUGAGGCUGGCGAAACAGAGGAAGUUGGCCAAGCUGGCGAAGCAAAAUAAAAUGGCAAAACUGGCUAAACAAAAGAGAAAGUCAAAAAUGGAAAAAAAACUUCCUAUGAUAGGCCAAGGGGGCGAAGACAAAAACAAAAGCGCGCUGAGCAACGGCGUAUCCACCGAUGCGAAAGAGCAAACCGGGGAAAGGAGAAAAAAUGGAACAGUCAAGAAAACCAUUUUGAAAAAAGGGAAAACCAAGUCACACGUGACAAAAAGAGUUCAUUUUAACUUGAACAAAAACACCAUCGAGUACAUCCCGCGCAUAAAGAAGAAAAAUGUCAACUCGUAUUUCUUUCUCGACAAUUUUCGCAACUUGGUUAAUGUCCCCGCGUUUUUGUAG